AUGUGAAAGUUAAAAUUACCCCCAACGCAAAUCCGUCUCAAUCUGAUCAGUACUUGAGAUGGACUUACCAGCUUGUGACUCCAUGCCUUGACUGCAGGAGUCCUCUUUGCUGCCCUGGCAGAUAGACAUCAGCCGGAACUAACGGGAUUACGGCGGCUACCAAGCGCAAGGGAUCCAGUUUCGCCAGGAUCAACAGACACAGAUUCAAAGGCAAGAGAACAAAGGGCAGUACGUCUGCCUCAGGUUUUUCACAACAAGUGUUCCAGGAGCUGCUGUCUGUCUGCCGGCUUUACAUGGAGGGUGUGUUCUGACCCACUGAGGAAUAUCACUGAAGAAGAGAACCUGUCGCUCGGAAUAAACACUCACUAGUUUUUCGACAAAGUGUCUGGGGAAUUUACAAGCAGUUUCCUAGGGAGCGGUUGGAUUAUUGUCAUGUUUUGCUCCUACUUGUCUGUCCUCAAUGACUUCCUCUCAUGGUCCAUGUCUCACCACAGAUAAAGAGGUAAGGACUUAACUGUCCAGGAGGCUGGGAGCGGGACACAACGGAUGACAAUGGCCAAGGGCUCCAGCGUCUCUUCGUUGCCCUGGGCAAACUCAUUCUCAGACCUCCGUGCCCUGGGUGGCAUCCUGCACUGGUUCUGUCCUCCUCCCAACCCCCUCCUCCAUUUCCUUUUCUGUGCCCUCCUUCUCUCAGGGGCGGCUGGUAGUUUACCGAGCUUGGAACAUGAUUAUGGCUCGCACCCUAAAUUUGUCUGCACCCCCAUCCCUGCAGACGCGGACCCUUCUUGCUUCACUCCUGGGGACAGCCACAGUCCCGGUCACGGCACUAGCCAUGGCACUGGCACUGGCCAUGGCAGUGGACACAGUACCGGCCACGCUACCGCACACCAUGGGCGAAUUUCGGAUGAGGCCAAAGCCACCAUUCUCCACUUGCGUGAGAGUUUGGUCCGCCAGAAGGAGACCAUCCUCGACCAGCGAGAGACAAUUCGGGAGCUGACGGCUAAGCUCACGCUGUGCGACGGUUUUGGUAGAGGUUCUGGUGGGCACCAUGACGAUGACCACCAUGGGCCGGGGCAUCACGGAUCGCACCACUAUGAUGACCAUCACACAGACCACCACACAGACCACCAUCCAGAACACCACACAGACCACCACACCGACCACCACACCGAUCACCACACCGAUCAUCACACGGAUCAUCACACGGACCCUCACUACCCCUUGAACAGCCACCGAGCGGACCACCACAGGGGAAAGGCACCUCACAUUGGCCAGCAUGGCUUCUCUCCGGAGCAGACAGGGAAAACUCUGCAGGCACUGAAGGAGAAACUAGAAGCUCUGCAGGCCCGGAAUUCCACAAGCACCUACUCCAGCUCUUUAAGAGAUCUCUUGCAGCGCAGAAUCAAUUUACUGGAGGAACAGCUGCACCAUCACUAUGGCUCGCACCACGGCCAUGGUCAUGGUCAUGACACCCACCAUGGCUAUGGUGGCCACGAUGACCAUCAUGAAGACCAUGACGAUCACCAUGAAGAUCACCAUGAAACUCACCAUGACCCACACGAUCAUCAUGAUGAUGAUCACCAUGACCGCUACAAUCAUCGUUAUGAUCGCCACAACAGUCACCAUGGUGAUACUCACCAUGGUGAACACCAUGAUACUCACCACGAUGACCACCACGAUGAUCACCAUGGUGGUCACCAUGACACUCACCAUGAUGAACAUCAUGAUGACCACCAUAGUAGCCACCAUGACGACCACCAUGAUGACCACCAUGAUGAUGGACACCACGAUGAACACGGCUACCAAUCUCGGACGAGCAUUGGUAAACAGGCACCCAGAGUACCAUCUCGUGGGACCCAUGCAAAACUGGACACUGUUCUAAGUCAGCUUCAUCACCGCAACACUGAACCAGCUGGUCAACCCCAGCCCAAGAACCCGGACGCCUUCCAGAUUGGCUUCCCUAUGCGAACCAACUACAUGUAUGCCCGCGUCAAGCGGACGCUCUUGAACGAGAUCUUCGCUCUGACGGUGUGCCUGUGGCUGAAGGGUGGCAACGGGCCUGGCAUCGGCACCCCCUUCUCCUACUCCGUCCCUGGCCAGGCAAAUGAACUGGUGCUCAUCGAGUGGGGCAACAAUCCCAUGGAACUGCUGGUCAAUGACAAGGCUGUGACGCUGCCUCUCUCAAUAACAGACAGUAAGUGGCAUCACCUGUGCAUUACCUGGUCCACAAGGGACGGUGUGUGGGAGGCAUACCAGGACGGCGUGAAGAGAGGCUCGGGAGAGAGUCUCUCCGCCUGGCACCCCAUCAAACCUGGUGGAGUUUUCAUCCUCGGCCAGGAGCAGGACACCCUCGGCGGGCGCUUUGACGCCACCCAGGCAUUUGUGGGCGAAAUGUCCGAUCUGCAGCUGUGGUCUCGCGUGCUCACACCUCAAGAGAUUCACAACCAAGCUUCCUGUAAAUCCCACCUGACAGGGGACAUCAUCACAUGGAUGGAGUCAGUGGUGGAGCUGCACGGCGGGGUCACCAAAUACCCCUUUGAGCCCUGUCACUGAGGCUAACUUCACACAACCUGAAACAAAAUGGCUGACGCUGGGCCCGAAGAGUUGGGACGAGCUGUGCAUCCUGCCUUGCCUUUGUGCUUAUAAAGGAAAGAAGAAAAAAAAAAAAAAAAAAAAAAACAUUUACAUCAAAAGAGUGGAGGAGAGGGCAGCGUGUGCUAAGUCUCUAGGGUCAAAGUUGGCUGUUCGGCCGUCGCUGUCAAAGUUCCCAUACCUGCUAAUAGGAUUCGCUAUCUUUACUCAGGACCCUGUAGGACCUGGUAUUAGCCAAGCACUUAUUAGCCACGACUGACUUAACGAGUGGUGGCAGUAGCCACACGCAUCUCCUGGCUUCAUGAUCUCUCUACCCUGGGCCUCACAGUGGCAUCUCAAAGCAGCAGCUGCUUUGAUCCAAGAUCUGCACUUUAUUAUAAGACCAACACUGAGAGGUUUUCACAACUACACACCGCAUUCGCAGUAUGAUUUUGAAGAGCUGGAUACAUGAAGAGAACUGUCCUGUUUCCAGGGGCUGGUGUGUCAUCUUUUCAGAAAAGUGGGCCCAUGCAUCUGAACAGCUAGGACUGUGGGACUAUGAGGGAGUGCUUUUACACCCACAUGGCUUUUAGGGGGUUCUUUUUCUUAUGUAAUAAUCCCCCCCCCCCCCCCCCCCCCCAGCAAUUUUUUACAGACUAUAUUAGAUCCGACAAUAGUUUGCAAUUCAAGGUGCUCUUCCAGUCAGUGUUUGGUUAAAAAAGAAAAUAAAAAGUUUAUUUUGACUGUGAGAACAUAAUGUAUUUAUGUGUCACUGGAUUUUUUAUGUUUUGUGUUUUGUGUACAUAUUAUGUUUAUAAGGGCAUUUCUGAACAAAAGAAAAUGAAUACUUUUUACAUAUCAGUGUGAACACACAUAGAUUUUUUUUCAGUGUGUGAGCAGUAAGUCUGUAUGACAGAUCCAUGGUAGAUCCACCUGUAGAUCUCUGCCUGUUCACACACAGAUUAAAGGGCUCUAGGAGCUGACUCAAUGACACCCCGGCUUAAAGCAAGAUCACUGCAGCAAAUUGGUUCUCUGAUGAGGACUGACCCUUUCUCUCUCUCUCUCUCUCUCUCUCUCUCUCUCUCUCUCUCUCUUUCUUUCUCUGUCUCAUCUCUCUCUCUUCUCUCCACUAACAACCAUACAUACACACUAACUUGUGCUCAUCGUGGAAACUUGAGCAUUUGACACGCACAUCCAAAUAUGAAUUCAAACUCAAACCAAAAUAAUUUCUUGUUUUGGUUUUCUUCGUUAAUGUUUCCUAUUUAAGCACCAAAAUGAUCAGAAAAGAGACACUUGAUACUUGAAAUGAAUAUAUAUGUAACUGUGAAUGUGCUUAAGAGUAUAUAUAUUUGAAUGCCCUUUUUACUUGAUGCACAAUGAGAGUGAGAUAGUGGGCAAAACACUUUCUAAUGUUUGUGACUUUAUUUAGUACUUAAGGGAGCUUCCAUGUGCUUCGUGUAUGAUAUAGAUGUUAUGCAGACGAUACAUCUUGGUUAAUUUUAAACACUGAAACCCUGCUUGCAAAGCUACUCUUUUUUAGCACUGAAAUGACCUUCAUGUUUACGGAGUCUCAGUCACAGGUUAAACUCCACUCCAGUAAUUCACAACCACAGCAGAAUGAAGGCCUCACAAUUGCCAUGGUGAUUCCGAGUUCUUCAUGCUCCUAAAAAAAAUGAUCUUUUCUAUGUUUCCUAAUGUACUUUCUGGAGUUUUGAACUAAGUAUAUGCAUUAUUUUGUAAAAAAGUAAAAAUAAAAAUACAUUAUCAACAACAUAUAAACAUAAAUAUAUAUUCCUGACAGAUUUGUAAAUUAUUCCUUGUACAUUUAUACUGAUUUUGGUACUGUAAAAUAAUAUUGUAAAUAACCCUAGAACUGGUCACAACAGGUGUCAGGCUGACUAGAGUUCAGCUUGUUCUUACAAUAACUUCCUCUCGCCUUGGUUUUUUUUGUUUUUGUCUCUAAAAGGUGACAUAUUGUUAGAAUUUCUUUCUUUUCCUUGCGUAUUGUACCUGUGCCCAUGAUGGUGACAAUGAAGUCUGUAAAUGAUAAUCAUGAUGUAUGUGUUUGGUCAUGGGCCCCCUACGUAUGUAAAAGCCAAAAUGUAAGCAGAGAUUGUGAUUUUUUGACUAAGACGGAAUGCACUUAUUCUUAUGGUAAUAUGUACAUAAAGGUUUUGAAUAAAUUAAAUGGCAUUGAA